ACUCUUUGAUUUGUUUUUACAAAAACAUAUUUACUCAUACAAAUGCCGGACAAUUGUAUAAAAGACGAUAUACCUGGUAAUGAAUAAGACAUUCAUCAAAAUGAAAUUCUUGUUGAUUCUUGCCGCUUGCUUUGUGGCCGUGUUGGCCAAUCAACCCUUCGAUGACAACGACGCACAAAUCCAUGGUGAAAAUGGUUGGUAUGUGCCCCGCGUCGAUGGCACCUUUGAUUGGGUGUCCAAGGAAGAGGCUGAGAGCUACUUAGAAACCAUGGAAAAUAUUGAAUCAUUUGGAUUGUCAACAGUCCCCGUUAAAUACUACGUCUAUACCAGAGCUAAUCCCAGCAAAGGAACCAAAAUUGUUGCCACUACCAAAUCGGUAGAUGCUUCCAAUUUUGAUGCCAGCAAACCCACAUAUUUCGUCAUCCAUGGCUGGACUCAAAGUUACACUUCAGGCAUGAACAAGGACAUCCGUGCCGCCGCUUUGAGAAGAUUCGAUUGCAAUGUCAUUGUUGUGGACUGGGCCCGUGCUCGCUCUGUUGAUUAUGCCACCUCCGUCAUUGCUGUGCCCAAAGUGGGCGCUAAAGUUGCUGAAAUGAUCGAUUUCUUGAACAAGAACUACAAAAUGUCCUUCGAAACUUUGACUGUGGCUGGCCACAGUUUGGGUGCUCAUGUUGCCGGUUAUGCUGGUAAAAACGUUAAGAACGGUAAGAUCGGCACCAUUAUUGGUAUGGACCCUGCCUUACCUCUGUUUAACUACGACAAGCCCAAGAAACGCUUGGCUGAAACUGAUGGUGUGUAUGUAGAAUCUAUUCAAACCAAUGGCGGUCUUUUGGGUUUUCUUAAACCUAUUGGCAAAGGUGCCUUCUAUCCCAAUGGUGGUGAGGAGCAGCCCGGUUGCCCAUUGGAUGUCACAGGCGCCUGUUCGCAUGGUCGCUCGACUACUUAUUAUGCUGAAGCCCUUGAGUUGAAUGAUUUCAGUUCCAUUCAGUGCCCAGACUACAAGCAAGCUGUUGCUGACAGUUGUGGUGCUAAGUUCUCCACUUCACGUAUGGGUGCCGUAUAUAAUGUGGACAAAGUUGCCGGUGUGUACUAUGUUCCUGUUCACAGAAGUUACCCCUUUGGUGUUAACAAUGAAGAAUAAAUGAAACUGAGUUUUUGGAUAUGAA